AUGUCUUCCUCGGAACACGACGUCGAUAUCAGCGUGGUCUCCAGUCCUGAACCCAGUCCCAUGGGCUGUGGCCAGGAGGGCCGUGAAUCACCGCUACGCUCCACAUCGCCGGCCCGUUCACCCGGUGCCUCUACACCCAAUUCCAUGCACACCCCCACCUCGGCAGCCGGUACACCUACCUCUUCGCAACACAAUUAUCACCAGCCCCCCGUUCAUCAUCUGCAUCAGAGUAGCCCCACCAGCAGCAGCACCACCACAAUGGCCACUGCCGUACCACCAACAGUCCUACAUCAUCAUUUGCAACAUCAUUUGAAUUCUCUAAAUGCCGGUCAUCAUCAUCCAGUCUCCUUACAUCAUGCCUUGCAUGCCAGUUUUGGCCAUCUCACACAUCCGGCACAUCAACAUUUAUUACAACAUCCUGCCGCAGUGACACCGACGGUUGUUUCGCAUUUUGCCGCAGCGGCGGCUGCUUCUUCAUCGGCCGCUAAUAAUAAUAAUGGUGUUGAUCGUUUAAGUCCAACACCACCCUCACUGGCGGCCCAUGGUGCUCCAAAAUCCCCGGAAUCCACAACAACAGAGGAAUCACAAAAUAACAAUAACAACAACAAUAAUAGUAAAAUGUUAAAUAACAAUAAUACGGCAAAUGGUGAUAACAGUGUUGGUAGUGAUCAACCGUCGGGUGGCGGAGCGGCUGCCGCCGCCGCAAAUGGUAAAGUUACAUCGGGUAAUGGUUUUACCAGCUUCUCAAUUUCAUCGAUUCUUAGCCGUAAUGAACCGACGAAAAAGAACGGUUCAAAUUUAAUAACUCCCAUACCUCAAUUACCGCCGGCCACUGUCGGUGCCGGUGGACCACAGGAUGCUGCCAUGUUGUCAAGAUUGGGUUUCAUAUCACAAUGGGGUGCAUUGGCCGGUCGCUAUGCCGCUCUAUGUCCACCCGGCUGGCCCUGGGCACCACAACGUAUGCCUUUUCACAGUCCCACACAUGAUAGCUCUUCCACCAAUACCACAGAAAAUCACUCCUCACCACCCUCGCCACAAAUGAAUGGCGGUGGCGGCUCCAUGGCCAACAGCAACAACACUAACAACAACAAUGGCAACAAAUCACCCUCCCCAUACUCGCAGCACAACUCUCAUCAUCACCACCACUUGUCACAACAACCCCAUCAGGCCACAACACCCACCAGCUCCAGUGGUGGUGGUGUUAAUCUCAACGGCGGCGCACUACUUUCUCAUCAUUCCUCCCACUCCAAUUCCAGCUAUCUACUACCCACCAGCUCCAAUGAAUCCGAUGAUGAGGGUGAGGAAAUCAUUGAGGAAGAUGACGGCACCGAUGGCCCCUCCGAUGGCUCCUCGCCUCAGGGAGACUCAAAUCAAAAUAAACGCAAAAAGAAAACACGCACCGUCUUCUCAAGGGCCCAGGUCUUUCAACUGGAAUCCACCUUCGAUUUGAAACGUUAUCUAAGCUCCUCGGAAAGAGCCGGUUUGGCUGCCUCGUUACGCCUCACCGAGACUCAGGUGAAAAUUUGGUUUCAAAAUCGCCGCAAUAAAUGGAAACGUCAAUUGGCCGCAGAGCUGGAGGCUGCCAACAUGGCCAAUAUGGCCCAUGCUGCCCAACGUUUGGUGAGGGUGCCAGUGUUGUACCACGAUGGCACCACAUCCGGUUUUGUGCCACCACCACCACCUCAUCAUGCCCAUGCCAUGCAGUAUUAUGCCGCUGCGGCAGCACGCAACAACAGCCCACCCCGGCCACCACUGUCAUCUCUAGUAUAGGGGGUGGGGUGUUUAACUGCGGCCGCAGUGGCGGCAGCAGCUGCCAAUAACCCCACAACGUCGUCUGCUAAUAACCCGCAUGGU